CGUGGGAGGACUGUCACUAUUCCUCAGACCAAGUAAAAGACUGUGCUGUUGGGGGCAGGACUGACAAUUGGGUGGUUGCAUCCUCAGGAGUAGGACUUCUGGCCCACGCUGCGAAAGAUCUCAGAGUUCUGAUUGUUCUGCUCUCUAAACAACCCUGCGAGGUGACCGUAAUAUCUUUUCUGCACUCACACCAUGACCCUGAAAAGUAUUGGAUUCUUCUUAUUCCUUCUUGGUUGUCUGAGAGCUGCUGAAGUAACAAUUGACCCACUGUUCUUGGACACAGAGUCAACUGUAAUGGAAGAAAUAUAUGGUAUGGUUGGAGGCGAUGUUGAUCUAAGUUGCAUCAGUCCUGGAAAAAAACAUUUUGAUUUAAAUAAAAUAAGUGUUUAUUGGCAAACGAAAAAUGAACCACUCAAAACUAUUAAUGCCUAUAUUCCUGGAGAUGAUACCUCUCAAUAUAUUGAUUCUAAGUAUCAGAACAGAACAUCAUUGAAACUUGAAAAAAUGGAAAGAGGCGAUUUUUCUCUACAUUUGUCUAACAUCACCAUAAAAGAUGAACUGGAAUUGGAAUGCAUUGUUGUAAACAAAUCUAGUACUGACCCUCUUUUCAGAUCUACAGUUAAUCUUCAUGUGGCAGCAAACUAUAGCAUUCCAGUAGUAGAAGCUCCAAAGAAGACCAAUGAUACAGAAGUUACUUUUACCUGCACUUCCCACAAUGGUUUUCCAAAGCCAAAGAUUUACUGGGUAAACAAAACAGAUAAUAGUUUGCUUAAUCAAAGCCUACAAAAUGAUACCUUCACCAUCAAUGAGAAAGGCUUGUACAGUGUCUCCAGUGUGCUGAAGAUUGCUUGGACUCCUAACAUCAGAGUUGAAUGCUGUAUAGAAAAUGUGAACCUACAGCAAAACCUAACAGUUCAGUCAAGCUUUCUCCUUUCUCCAGACGGAAGCACAGAUCAUCGUAUAAUCACCACUACCCCAAAUCAGUCUAUACCAUCUGGGAAAACAUCAAUUAUUACCUUUUUUAUUAUAUUUGGAAUUGUACUUGUGAUUCUUCUGAUGGCUGUGAUUUCAUUUAGAAAGCUACGUAAGAACAAACAUCAUUAUGGAGAUUACAGAGGUCCCCAGGGAAAUAGACAGAUGGCAGAAACCACCGACUACAUUUGAAGGAGACCAAUGCAAAACUAGAUACCUGACUAUAAACUACCACAUGACAAAGGCAAUUUUGAUUAGACACUGCAUGACCAAACAGUCUUCUGCUACAGAGAAGAAAUGACGUACUCUCAAACAAAAAGAAAAGGAAUUGAUUACCUUCUACUUUUCUACUCAUCUUCCAAAGAAGAUUAAAAAUAGCCAUCUGGAACUCAAAACAUUGGGACUGUUUCUUUGAGAAACUGGAGUACUGUUGUAUUAUGGAAAUGUCAUGGUUGCAACUCUUGAAAAGUGCUGACUGCAUGGAAGCUAAAUGGUGAAGUGAAUAAUGCACUGGCCCUGAAGUCAGAAGGACCUGAGUUCAAAUCCAUUCUUAGACACUUAAUUCUUACUGACUGUGUAAACCUGGGCAACUCACUUAAUACCAAUUGUCUUGAAAAAAGAAAGAAAGAAAGAGAAUUACUGAUUGCACUGAUCCCGGCUAGAUGAAGAAUGAAUUCAGGAAUUUUUUUGAAGGGUCAACAACAUUCAAUAGUAGAAGAACCAAAGAAAACACUUUUCCUGAAUAAUUGUUAACUAUUGACCUUGGUAGAAAAGAGGGAUCUGUGCUGAAGAGCAAAAGCUAGUCUUUGUUUUGUUUUGUUUUUUUAAUUUUUUUCUUUUAUCUCUCCAUUCUAUAAGUGCCCAUCUUCCCAACUUCAACUCCAAAAAUAAUCAAAAUAUGCAAAACUUGGAAUUAAGGCAUUUUGGUAUGGAGUUUCUGAAAUGGGAAAAACUGACAUAAGUAGCAAGAAUGUAGUUAAAAGAAUAUGAUUGCACUGUACACUUUCGACUAUGUGUGGCCUUGGGAGGUAGCUACCCUACUCUGGAAGUGAUUCUUUAUCUUCCACUCCCUUAGCAAUACCCAUUCUCUAUGCCACGCUCUUUGAAGACGCAAUAGUGUAUAAAAAUACGGUGAAUGCUUUUAAUUCCUGUGGAUGAGAGAGGCCAAGAAUGGUAGAUUGAUCACCUGAACUGGGAAGUUCUAACCUGUAGUAGACUAAAUCAAUUAGGGUCUAUAUUGAGUCCAACAACGAUAUGAUGAGCCCUCAAAAGCAAGGGGCCACCAGGCUGCCUAACAAUGGGCAAAGAGGCACAGGAUGGAAAUGGAAUAGAUCUAAGUUCAUCAGCAGGGUUGAGCAAUAGUGGAAUUGAGUCUGUCAAUAGCCCCUGUGUUUUCAAUAUUCUUCCCUUCCAACAAAUGAGAAGAAAAGGCAGUGCUUAGGUAUAGCAAGGUUUUUUGUUUUGUUUUCAUUCCCUAAUAACUAAAUUCAAUAAAAUCAUUUGGCACCAUAAUCCUAAAAGACUCAUACUGCUAAGGAAAAGAGAAAAUAUGGACAAACAAGACAAAAAAUAGAAUCAUUCAUGGCAAGUUGGUUUUGUUGUAUGAUUAAAAAGUAAAAUUUCA